AUGAGCUGUGUUCCUAAUGCUUCACACUCUCCUGUCUUCUUGCUCCGUGGCUUCUCAAGGGCUAGCAUUCCCCAUAACCUCCUCUUCGUCCUGUUCCUGGCUAUUUACCUGAUCACCAUACUGGGGAAUGUGACGCUCGUGCUGCUCAUCUCCCGAGACUCCAAGCUUCAGUCGCCCAUGUAUUAUCUUCUCCGUGGGCUCUUGGUGAUCGACUUGGGGCUAUCUACCGUCACCCUGCCCCAGUUGCUGGCCCAUCUGGUCUCUGAUUACCCAGCCAUUCCUGCUCCCCGUUGCUUGACUCAGUUAUUCUUCUUCUAUGUAUUUGGAGUUACAGAUACACUCGUCAUCGCCGUCAUGGCCCUGGAUCGCUACGUGGCCAUCUGUGACCCUCUGCACUAUGCUGUGGUGAUGAAUCGCCAGCUCUGUGCCCAUUUACUGGCCUUGAGCUGGGUGGUGUCCGUAGUGCACACCAUGCUACACGUGGGACUCCUCCUGCCCCUUUGUUGGGCUGUGGACGCUGGGGGCAAUGUUAGCCUUCCCCACUUCUUUUGUGACCACAGGCCACUUCUGCGAGCCUCUUGCUCUGACACUCACUCCAACGAGCUGGCCAUAUUCUUGGAGGGUGGCUUUCUUAUGCUGGUUCCCUGCACCCUCAUUGUACUCUCCUAUGUCCGAAUUGGGGCUACCAUCAUACGUUUGCCUUCAGCCGCUGGUCGCCGCCGAGCCAUCUCCACCUGUGGGUCCCACCUCACCAUGGUUGGCUUCCUCUAUGGCACCAUCAUUUGGGUCUACUUCCAGCCUCCCUCCCAGAACUCUCGGGAUCAGGACAUGGUGGCUGCCGUCAUGUACACGGCCAUCACCCCUGUGGCCAAUCCCUUUGUGUAUAGCCUCCGCAAUAAGGAUGUCAAGGGUGCACUCCACAGGCUGCUCGGACAAGGGAGGAGGGACGCCUGA